UUGAAGUUGUUUUUGUAGUGAUCGUUUUCCAGCUAACAUGCAGGCGGAAUCACCCGUAACGUCUCCGAAAUUUGAUUUGUUAGACUCGUGUGGUAAAUUUCGUGUGCUGGUUGGGGUCACGGGUAGUGUGGCAGCUCUCAAAGUGCCUCUGUUGGUCUCCCAACUUCUAGAGUUACCCGGGGUGGAUGUGCGUGUCGUCACUACAGAACACGCCAAGCACUUCUACGACCCAGCCGAGGUGGCUGUCAGAGUCUACAGCGACGCAAAUGAGUGGGAGCUGUGGAGCCAGCGUUCUGACCCUGUGCUGCACAUCGAGCUGAGACGCUGGGCUGACCUCCUCGUUAUAGCCCCUCUGGACGCUAACACACUGGGGAAGAUCGCCAGCGGCAUCUGUGACAACUUACUGACGUGUGUGGUACGGGCCUGGGAUACCAGUCGUCCUCUACUCUUCUGUCCAGCGAUGAACACGGCUAUGUGGCAUCACCCCAUCACCUGCCGCCAGGUGGACAGCCUUAAAGAGUUCGGCUACGUUGAGAUCCCCUGUAUCGCCAAGAAACUGGUCUGUGGAGACCAAGGUAAAGGAGCCAUGGCAGAGGUGUCAACGAUCGUAGAUGUUGUGAACCAAUUCAUCCAGAAAGCUGCUGAGUCUCCUCAGGAAGGGCAGGCCUGGUGCUGUGAGGAAGGAGGAGGCCUGGUGCUGUGAGGAAGGAGGAGGCCUGGUGCUGUGAGGAAGGAGCAGGCCUGGUGCUGUGAGGAAGGAGCAGGCCUGGUGCUGUGAGGAAGGAGCGGGCCAGGUGCUGUGAAUAUUAAUGAACUGCAGAUAUUUAAACCCAGAUGGACUCCUAGACCCUAUGAACUUGUGGAGAUCUGAGAGGAUUUUGAUUGGAAUAGGUAGAAUGCUGAAACUUCCACCUAGCCUAUCAGAGGGCAAGGUGGAACUAUUACCAUAAUGACUGCGCCUGUCAAAUCUACAUAGAUCUGCUUAAAUCAAUCCCUAGGGUCUAGGGGUCCGUUUGGGAUUGGGCCAGGGUCUAGGGGUCCGUUUGGGAUUGGGCCAGGGUCUAGGGGCCCGAUUGGGCUAGGGUCUAGGGGUCCGAUUGGGCCAGGGUCUAGGGGUCCGAUUGGGCCAGGGUCUAGGGGUCCGUUUGGGAUUGGGCCAGGGUCUAGGGGUCCGAUUGGGCCAGGGUCUAGGGGUCCGUUUGCGAUUGGGCCAUUGACACGAAGAUGAGGCAUUCAGAUGAAGAUUGCUGCAGUUAUUUGUGAUGUAAUCAUUUGAAUGUAAUGAACUGAUUUUAUUGAAGCCAAAUGUUAAAGAGACAAGAGUUUGCAAUAAAUGUUUGUAUUUUAAUUAUCAA